AUGCGCAGUCAUGUGACCAGUGACACCGACCAAUCAAACACUCCUGCAGAGAAGACCAACCAGAGGAGACCAACCAGGCGCUUCCAUGGCACUGUUCCAGCUGCUCAAGUUUCUGAACAGCGCCCCCUGUGGGACCUACUGUCACAUGCUGCUGAUCUGUGUCGUCCUCUUCUGUUUUCAGUUGUGAGUCAGAACCUGGUGACGGACAACGUGUCAGUGGUGGAAGGAGAGACGGCCAUCAUCAGCUGUAGAGUGAAGAACAACGACGACUCUGUGAUCCAACUGCUGAACCCCAACAGACAGACCAUCUACUUCAGAGACAUGAGGCCUCUCAAAGACGCUCGUUUCCAGUUGGUCAACUUCUCCGACAACGAGUUGCGGGUGUCUCUGUCCAACGUGUCCCUGUCGGACGAAGGACGAUACGUGUGUCAGCUGUACACAGACCCCCCACAGGAGGCCUACGCUGAUGUCACUGUACUGAUUCCUCCUGGAAACCCCAUCAUCGAAGCCCGAGACGACGUCCUGAACGAAGGCAAUGAAACUGAAAUGACCUGUUCAGCCAUCAGCAGCAAACCGGCAGCAAAUAUACGAUGGAUGAAAGGCAACAAGGAGCUGCCAGGUAAGCCUAAAGUGGAGCUCAGUUAUGACCGUAUGUACACAGUGACCAGCCGGCUGACCUUCACCGUCAGCAGAGAAGAUGACGGAGUCCCACUGCGCUGCAUCAUCGAUCACCCAGCGGUUAAGGACUUCCAGGCCCAGAAGUACCUGGAGGUGCAGUACAAACCAGAGGUGAAAAUCGUGGUUGAAUUUCCUCAGGGUCUGACCAGAGAAGGAGAGAACCUGGAACUGACCUGUCAGGCCAAAGGAAAACCAGAGUAA